UCGCGUGAAAAAAAAAAUAUAGGUGAAGAAGAGGGAACAUUGUUCAAGAGGGUAUAAAAAAGAAAAUCAAAAGUGUGCUUCGUCACAACCUUAAAGUAGCAAGUUUAUCUUUAGUCAUGUUGCAAACUACAUCUACCACCCAAAAUGCUUCUCAAGAAUUGUAGAUCUCAUGUCUUCACCUAACUAGCAACUAAGAGCCAGAAUUUCAUAACUCUUUCGCACAGUUACUUCAACGCCAUUACCCCGCAAUGGACGAAGAUCUGAAAUUUGUAUUGAACUGUUGCACAGCGUUCGGUAUUUAUAUACCCCAGACGAAAUAUGGCAGCCGUCGAUGGAAAAUCGGCUGUACCAUUUACACCAGCUUCCUGAUGGUUAUUCUCUCUUCGAUUUGUGUUUUGGGCGUUUUUAUGUCACCGCUGGAGAAUGACUACAUCAUUUCGUGGUUUGUCUCGGCCUUUGUCUUUGUGUCGCAAAUCUUCAGCCAUUUGGUCAUGAUGUGGGAAUGUCUGGCCAAACAAAGGGAACACACCGAGUUCCUGCGACUGCUCGAUGAAAUUGAGGUGGCAUUUAAACUGAAAUUGCGAACCGACAUCGGUCGCGAUCUUCUAGCCCAAAAGUUACGGAGAAUACUCUUUAGCCUGGCUGCAAUAUCAAUACUGGGUUUAAUCAUCUUCGGCAUACAUACCUCCUUUAUGGACGACCAGGGCUACUUCUGGUGGGCCCUAUUUGCCAUUUUGGCAAUGCGCAUGCGUUUCCUACAGCUGCAAAUGUAUGUGGAGCUAUUGAAUCAUUAUUUGUGGUCAUUGAAUCGCAAACUCCAACAAGUUGUCUGCUUGAAAACAGAGGAGGAGGCCCAGCUAUUGGAUGUGGACUACAAACAGUUGGAAACGCUGGAAUAUUUGAAUCACAUAAAGGAAUUGUAUUCGAGUAUUUAUGAGGCAUUUCAUUGUCUCAACGAAUUUGGCCAGGCUUCGAUGUUUGCGGUGACGGCAUCCUAUUUCUUGGAUUGUACAUGUCACAUUUAUUGGUGUCUCCUGGCAUUGGAUAAACUAUUUCCCUCCGCCAGUAUUGUAUUGUCGAUUAGCACAAUUAUACCGUUGUCCUUGAAUUCGUAUAAAUUUUGUUACACAUGUCAGUUGGUCAAACAGGAGUGUCGUCUCACUGCCUUAUUAGUGACACGUUUAAAUGUAUCGGACUCCAACCAUAAUUGCUUGGAACUGCAGAAGAACUAUAAAAGUCUGGUCCAUGAUUUCUCAUUGCAAUUGUUGCAUCAAAGAAUUGUGGUUACCGGCAAACGUUUCUUUAAUUUCGAUCUGCAAUGCAUUUUUGGUAUUUGUGUCCUGAUUGUAACCCAUCUAAUAAUUCUCAUUCAGUUUACAAAGAGUGACAAUAACAGUGGAAAUGUAAAUCAAACCGAGAUUCAAGAAACUAUGGUGAAUUGAAGACCUGCAAUAAUGUUUUAACAUUUCAAUCAAUCUCUUUGGAUGUUUCAAGAAA